UUGGCGGGUGUGGCUUUAAGGAGUAAGUUGACAGUGGAACUUUCUUGUUUCAGACCUCAGAGCCUUCACCAGUCGGACUUCAUCAUGAGUAUGAUAAUGAUCACAUGGAUACUACUGGUCUCACUGUUCUCCAAGAGCACACAAAGUGGAAAUGGACAACAAGCAGGUCUUUGGCAAUGUGAACCUCAGAAUCUGGUUCUUGACAGGAAUGAUGAGAUGCUUAUUUUAAAUUGGGAAGAUGACCCUUCAUGCUCUGCAUUGCAUGAUGUACCUAUCUAUGAGAUUGUUGUUCUCAGAGAAGACAAGCAAGUACAUCACGAAGUUCCCAUGAAUCAUAACCAGAGUGGAUCUAGUCAUUCCUGGAAAUGGAAAUCCAGUUUGCCAUUGGAGUGUGCUUCUCAUUCGGUCAGGCUCCGUUUCCGAUACAACAAUUACACAAGUCCAUGGACACAAGAACAGACUCUACCUGGCUCCACAAGAUACAGAGUCUAUCCACGGGACAGAGUGUUUGAAGCUGGCAGCACCGCCACCUUCUGCUGCAUUGUGCCAGCUGGAGAAACGUUUUCCAGGAUGAAUUAUAAUCACACCGAAAUGAGCACCGUCAAGAUCAGCAAUCAGACAUAUGCUCUGACUCUCACACUGGACCGUGCAUCAGAUUCCUGCAUUGAUGUACAUUGUAUAACAAAUCAAACCUCCAAAGGGGCGUGUGUUUAUGUCAGCUACCUGCCAGACGACACAGACCUUCAAUGUGAAACCCGGGAUUUCAAAUCUGUCGAAUGUUUCUGGAAAGUAGGACGGUCUCAUCUCCCCCACCGAUAUCAAACAGUCUAUCAGCUACUUGGAAGGUAUAAUAUAAUUAUACUUGGUACAACCACAGGGUUGCGUGUGGGGACAAAAGGCUCUGAGGCUCCAGUCUGUCUAUGUGAGGAUGGAUUGAAUGGUAAAUGUUCGAAAAAAAUAAGAGUGGAUCCUGGUGAAAGGAAUUGGACCUUAUCAGUACAAAAUAAACUUGGAAAACUGGAGCUCCACUACACGGCAGACCUGACAGAAAGAGUGCACAUGCUUCCUCCAUACGUGAAUGUUUCAUCUGUGAAUGCCAGAAACAUCAGUCUGGAGUGGAUGUGGAAUGUGCUACAAUACAAUAAUAUCAAUAUAACCUGCCAAGUAAACAUUAGCGAUGGUGAAACUUCUACAAUAAAAGACAACUAUGGAACUGGCCUUAAUUUUAUAGUUAUAACUGAUCUGACACCACACUGGACAUAUAAUGUGAGAGUACGAUGCAGAACUUCACAAAAUUUCUCGGAAUGGAGUGAAUGGAGUCAUGAAGUAACCAACAACACAAAUGGUGAUGUCCCAGAUGCUCCGGAUGUGUGGAUGCAGAUGAGGGAAAACCGAACUGUCAUCUUGUGGAAACCACUACUGGACAAGCAGAGCCAUGGAAACAUCAUAGACUAUCAAGUUGCCUGGGCAAAGACCAGUGAGCAACAUCAACAAAACCAAACAGUGCCUCAUAGCCAGCACAGUCUUGCAUUGAAUCUGGACACACAAAAAGAGCAUAUUGUCACAGUUACUGCUAGAAACAUAUACGGCCGCUCACCAACAUCAGUCGUCAACAUUCCUAGCCUUGGUCCAGAUAGAACCAGAGUGAACACUUCUGGGAUCACUGGCAGCAACAGUAGCUUCAGUCUGUCCUGGUCUGCCAGUAUGAAAGCCACCUGUGGUUAUGUAGUAGACUGGUGUCCGUUUGGGCAUGGCACUGUGGAGUGGCUUAAGGUACCUCCCAAUAAAACUAACGCCAGAAUAUCUUCAGAGAACUUUAAAGACGGAAUAAGGUACUUAUUGUCCAUAUACGCCUGCACCGAAAGAGCUCCUGUGCUACUAGAGAGAUUCGAGGGAUAUGUGAAAGAGAAAAGAAUAAAAGACGAGCUGUUCAAGUCUUUGAAAUUUAAACAACAGGACUCCAAUGUUGAGGUAAACUGGGAUCCAAUACCUUUGAAAGAACAGACUGCUUUUAUCCGAGGCUAUACUCUUUACGCUUUGGACAAGAAUAGCCCAGUCUUCAGCGUGAGCACCGACAACCCAGAGGCCACCAGCCUGACUGCAACGAACUUGAAAAUCACAUCAUACACGUUCACAGUUACGGCACAGACAACAUUUGGAAAAUCUGGCAAUACGUCUAUUAUUGUGACCUUGAAUUCUCAGACUGAUAACUUGAUCAAGUCAGUCUUUAUUUCCCUGGGAGCAGUUUUUGGUCUCCUUUCCCUCAUCACUAUCCUCUGCUAUAGACACUGGGCAUGCAUCACUCAGAAAAUCUACCCUCCAAUACCAACACCAGUGUUGAAGGACAAGUGGUUGACAUCAUCGGGUGGACAACUUCUCAUGGAUCAGAGUUUCCACAGUGAAGCAGAUGUCAUGGAUGUUCCAGAACUGCAUUAUAAAUCUGGAGGAGCUCUGAUUUCUUAUGCAAGCAGGGAGGACAUGUCUUUUGCAUUUCCUAAAGGUUACUACAACAAGGACCUGAAAAUGUGUACCCAGCCACCCCUCACCCUACCCACUACAGCUUUGAAGUCUCAGUCGGGUUUACCAACUUCUCCUUUCAGAGGUUUAUUUACUAAUCCAUCAUAUGACCUGAUAAUGCAGACACGGAAUCAGCAGACAAACUCAGGACUUGAGGUUCAAGAGGAGACACCUACACUGAGAUGCUCUAGUGGGUACAAGCCCCAGAGUCAGUCAAAUCCCGAUAUCCUGAACCAGAUCGAAGCGGAUUCAGACAGUCCUAUGUUCUGUGUCACCACUUACAUUUUGUUACCACAGCCAUCUUCCACAUAGUUGCUGCAUGCACAAACAGCAUGUCAUAAGUGUGAACAGAUUUAUUUAUGAUGUUAUUUAAAACAUGGUUAAACAUUAGUUUAUUGAGCAACAGCAACAGAUAAAGUGACAUACAGUCUUUAUAAAUGUAAUUCAUAAAGCAUUACGCUGUCUCAUAGUUGUGAUAUUUGUCUGUAGUUACUGUGGGCACAUAUUUUUGGACUCAAAAUUAAAAAGUGAAAUAGAGACAAGCAUUCAAACUUUGUUGUCACCUACAUACCUUGAAGAUGCCAGUUUCUAUAUAAGUAUACAUCUGUUGUUGGACACAUAAAACUGUUUAGCUGUUUACCAAAAUAUAUACUGAAUUAGGGUUUAAAGUGUCAGUGGUAAGUUUGAAUUCAAAAUAUGAUAUACAGUGGUGUGAAAACGUGUUGACCCCGUUCCUAAUUUCUUAUUAUUUGGCAUGUUCGUCAAACCUAAAUGUUACAGACCAUUAAACAAAUUUAUAUAUAAGAUAAAUAUAACAUAAACACAAAAUGCAGUUUUUAAAUGAAGGUUUCUAUUAUCAAGGGGGGAAAAAAUCAAAACCUUUUUUUCAUUUAUCAGGAUUUGUUGGAUUUGUAUAGGGUGACUGACAUAGCCAUUACUUUCACAGUAUGUUUUGACACAUUUCCUAUUUCUACUGCACCAUCUCAUCAGUUUUGCUGCAAUUGUUUGAAUGUUUUGCUGCAAUUGUUUGAAGUGUUUAUUGAUGCUAUCAAUAAACACUAGUCCACUGUACAUAGUGUUUUUGCUGUUGUUCUGGUACAGGUUGGUGUAGUCACAUUAUAGAAUUGCUUUUUUCUUUUUCUUUUCUUUUUAGCUAAAUCUAAUCAAGUAUUCCUAAACUGUUCUUGUUUUGAAUCAAUUCUUUUCACCUUGUGGUGAAUCCUCUGUAUUCACGCUGAAUCUUACUAAAAUGCCCAUCACAUGGAAAAUUUCCAUCUCUUCUUUCAAAACUGCAGGCAGGUUUGCCUUUACCAAGGAAAGGAUUAUGUGGUCCUCCAUCACUGCUGUCUUCCAUGGAUGACAGGACUUUUAAUUUUUCUAAGCUUACCAGUGUGUUCCUCUUUUCUCAGAAUAUACCACACAGUUGAUUUGGACACUCCUAAUGUUGUUUCUAUCUCUCUUUUACACUUUGAUUUGUUUUUUACAAUCUGGUGAUGGUCUCUUUCACCACAGUGAGGGCUAUUUUGGAGGCCUGACAUGAAUUUACAGCUGUCUAAAUGAGCACUUGGAAUCCACAGUAGAGCUUCCAGUUUAUUAAGUAAUAAGAAAAUGUAGUACAUUUAUCCAUGAAAUCACUUUUAAGUGAAGUUCCCAAUUAUGUUUGGCCCCCUGUAGUAUAUAAUUGUAUGAAGUGUGUCAAAAGUGUGUCAGUGUACUUCAGAUCUAACAACAUUAUAAAAAGGAAAGGAAUUUGUAUGUA